AUGAAAUCAUUAUUAAAAAAAGCAAAGCAAGCAUAUAAGAAUCAUUUUUCUGGAUCUGGAGCAACACCAGCAGACGAUCAUGAACAUGCAGACAAGGCAUCUACUAAGGAUGCCAAUCCAAACAGUGAGCCAGGAUCACAAGGAUUCACUGCGUGUUGCGACGAAGAGAACAACGGUACCAACGGACAUGUCGUAGCCAACGGAACAGCAACAACAACGACAACAGCACCAGCAGCCACUGGCGAAUCUACAUCGAUAAAGGCAACCACAAAGAGCAGCAAACCAUCGAUUCUCUCAUUUGGACUGAGCAAGAACAAGGAACCAGCUAACGACAAGAAAAUCAUCAACAACUCAACUUCAAACAAUCCAUCACCACCCAAACCAUCUUCCUCCACGCCAACCGAAGCUUCAGAAAAGAAAGACGAUGAGAAAGCACCUGAAAGAGAAAUUUUAUAUAUUAAAGGAUUAGAAGAUUUACCAGAGGAUUGUAUGAAGUUGGUAAAGAUGUCUGGUUUAUCAGAGGAAAAGUUAAAGGCAAAUCUACAAGUGCUACUCUAUGUAUUACAUUUUAGAACAGGAAAAAUUAUAAAGAUCGAAGGUGAACCACCAAGAGAACCAAGAAAGAAGUUCUUCUCGGAGCGAUUCAACGAUGGAGAUUCACUUUUGGUUUCAGUGGAACAUAGUCAGUUGAAGAAGUUGUACAAGGAUGUCGAUCAAGUUGGAAAAGGUGGUUUUGGAACAGUUUAUUUUUCGAGAUCGACAAAGGAGAAAAAGACAGUGGCCAUCAAGAAGAUGCCACACAUCACCAAGCGUCAAAUUGCACAGAAUUUCAGAGAGGCUUCGAUUCUCUCAAAGUGCAACCAUCCCAACAUCGUCAAGCUCAUUACAUGCCACGUCGACAAAGAUCAGAAUCUCUGGCUGAUCAUGGAGUUCAUGGAGGGUGGAACAUUCGAAGAGGCCGCCAAGGCCUGGAAGUUCAACGAGAACAACUUGGCAUACGUUGCACGUGAGCUACUCAAAGGACUGCAGUAUCUCCACGAGAAUGGAAUGGUUCAUCGUGAUUUGAAGAGCGCCAACAUCAUGAUGUCCGUCGAGGGUAAAGUUAAAUUGAUUGAUUUCGGACUGUGUGAGGACGUCUCCACCGGUUCGCCAUGCCACAUGGUGGGUUCGCCAUUCUGGAUGGCACCGGAAAUGAUUCUGGGCAAACCACACAACACACCGGUCGACAUUUGGAGUUUUGCCAUCUCACUACUCGAAAUGGCCAACCAGCGUCCACCAAUGAUGGAGUCUGCAGUCAAGGCAAUGUUUACCGUUGCCACUGAAGGUUCCACUGGAUUCGACGAGCCAGACAUCUGGUCCGACUGUUUCAAAGAGUUCCUUUCACUCUGUCUGAGGCUAGACCCAGAGGAACGUGCUACUGCUGCCGACCUACUGAAACAUCCAUUCAUCAAAAAGGCUGACACUCGUGACAACAUGGAAAAUAUAUUAAAAAAGAUUUUCCUUACAAAUUCUUUAAUGAAUUCAGGUUUCUAA